AUCUUCUUUCAGUCGCACCGUUUUUGCUGCAGUAAAUGGUAGCCGUUGGAGAGGGCAAUAAAGCGAGAAAACACAACAGAAAAGAAAGAAGCCCGCUAAGGGAAGCGUGAGCCGGACAUUAUCGUGAGCACCAUCAGUGGGUAGAGAUCCCGCACGCAGCGAACGUGAAACGUGGGCUUCACAGGCACAUAUAGACGCAUAUAGGUUUUACAAGGAUUCAGCAUAACGGACAGACGGAUGAGAGAAUUUUUGCAAGUGAACAUGGCAUUUUCGUCAUUCCCACUGUCUACACUCAUUGCCCUGGUACUUCUUGUGGCAUCCAUUCAGAGCAACUCCAUGUAUGAUGAUGAUGAAGAUCCUUUCCAGCCAGUGACCUCAGAUGAGACAGUGGCAGAGGGAGGUACAGUGACUCUGACAUGCCGUGUGGCUGAGACUGAUAAUUCCUCCCUCCAGUGGUCCAACACUGCACAACAGACACUCUACUUUGGAGCUAAAAGAGCUUUGAGAGAUCACCGUAUACAGUUACAUAAGUCCACACCCACAGAGCUGUCAAUCACCAUCUCCAACGUGCAGCUGUCAGAUGAUGGAGAAUACACCUGCUCCAUCUUCACCAUGCCUGUACGGAUUGCACGAGCCACCGUCACUGUACUCGGAGUACCCGGGAAGCCAGUAAUAGCAGGUUUCGAGGAUCCAGUGCAGGAAGGAGGGAGUGUGACACUUACCUGCACCAGCACGGGUAGCAAACCUCCUGCUCAGCUCUACUGGUAUAAAGGACAGGAAAAGCUGGAGGCUCGUCCCAAUGUGGUGGAGUCAAACCCCAAUGAGCCGACAUAUACUGUGACAAGUGUGCUCACGCUGCCGGUGACCAGGAGUGAUAACAAUGCCAUGAUCGGCUGUGCUGUGGACCAUCCAUCCAUCACCAAUGCAGAGAAAAGGACAGAACAGCCUUUGAGCGUGCUAUUUUCCCCGAGUGUCUUGAUUAAGCCCGAGAGCGACCUGCCACGAGAGGGAGAGAGGUUUUCUCUGCAUUGCAUGGGGAAUGGAAACCCUGAACCCUUGUCAUUCAUGUGGCAAAAGAAAGAUGCAGAGUUCCCUCCACAGGUGAGGCCUGAUGGUGCAUACCUCCGCUUUGAGGCCCUCAACAAAUCCGAUAAUGGAGUUUACUUGUGUCACGCAGACAAUGGAAUUGGCUGGAAUGAGGGAUCGUACACCCUGCUGGUACAAGACCUGGAGGAUUCCAAAAUGAUGUUCCCCCCUUUCUUUACCUCUACCUCACCAUCUCAUUCUCUUUUUUCAUCUCUCCUUCACACUUUUUCACCUUCUUCCUCUCCUCCUCAGUCCCCUAUCCAAGCCUCUAAUGAGUCUCCCUUACUUCCACCUUCAUCCUCGCUCCCUUCAUCCACCAUUUCUUUUUCUUCUACUCCACUAUCUACCUCUUCUUUUCUCUCCCCUUCCUCCUUUCCCUCAUCUUUUCUGGUUUCUUCUACCUCUCCCUCUUCCUCUCUCUCUCUUUCCACCUCUCCCUCUUCUUCUUUCUCUCCUUCAAACUCUCUCUCAUCACUUGUCCACACCACUACUAUCUCUAACUCCCUUUUUUCUGACCUGUUUCCUCGCCACUCCUCCUCACAUACUCCUCCAACCUCAUCCCCACCUUCUCUCACUCCCCCCUUUAUCACUCCAUCCACGGUUUCCUGGCUGAAUGGAGUGUACAUUACAGGUAAUUAAUUGCAGAGACCAACACACACACACACACACACACACACACACACACACACACACACACACACACACGCAAAUAUAUUUGAAUAUUAUUGUAUUAAUAGGCUUGCAUUAUAACAUGAAUUACAAAAACUCAAAUUGUUGUACCUCUAUAGAUUUCAGUCCUUGUGUAUGUGCAUAUGUUUGUGUGUUUGUGUGGGUGCUGUGUGUGAGAGCAAAAUAGACAUUAUUUUUAGGUGCAGGUUAGAGAACUGUUCUGAAUAUGAGCAUCUGCUCUUCAGUUCAGCAACAAUACAGGAUUUAAUAAAACAUCACUGGCUACAAAGCCAAGAUUAUCCCAAUAUACUAUCUAAUACAACAACCUAGCAUCUACUUCACGGUUUAACAAAGCUUUGGCACUAACAGAGCAACAUUUGUUCUGUAUAUUUCAUUAUUUAUGUGCAAAUCCUUCUUUGCAAAUACUUUUAGCUUGUAAUGGAUAUUGCAGUCAGUUAUGUUGCUUUGAAACAAAGAGAGGUGUAGACAAAUUUCAGGUGAAAUUGUACAAAACUGGCAUAUGAGUCUAAACACACAAUUUAAGUUCAAGGCAAUGUGCAAAGUGCAUUUAUCUCCCUCAAGCAUAUGCUUUUAUAAGGAUCCAAGCAAAAAAGGAAUGGAAUAUUGGAAGUGCAGCUAAUUGCAUUUGGGUAUAUAACUAAUUGACAGUUAAUGGCCAGUUAAGUAAAUAAAAUUCUUUUAAAAUGUUUUUGUAAAAUUCAUUUUACUAAAAUGCUAAUUUUCUAAAUGUUGCAGAAGCUAUAGAUCAUAUUUAUUUGUUCUUCUACAAAGUUUUCAGUUGGCUUUUGAAAUAUUUCAUGUUUAAACCGAAUUAGUAAACUGUAAAGUUGUAUUUUUGUGCUUUACCUCCUAACAUAUGCCAUCUGCCCUUAAUAGUCAUACAAAUGCAAAAACUAAUGUACAAGCACUUAGUGCAAGUUGUGUGCUUAGGUGUACAGCUGCUGUAUGUAAUCAUAUCCUUUUAUCCUUCCUUUUAUUCCCUUUAAAAUGCAGCACAGCUUUCUAGUAAUGUCCACAUUUUCCUAAUAAUGUACAAUUAGUUUUCGUUUAGAAAACUAAUUAUCUCAAUGAAAAAUUUUUAGAGGGUGUGAUAACUAAUCGUCUUAGUCAUUCUUUUACUUUUACUAAUUAUAUAAGUAUGUGUUAAUGAAUGUCUGAUUUCACUGAGUUGUUAGUUCUGAUUUGUUAUGA